AUGAAUGGUAAGUGGUCCUUUGACCAUACCCAUUUGAAGAUGGCUUGGAUUCAGCAUCAAACCCAACAAAAAGAUGGUUACAUGAGUUAUCCACCACCGGUUUUGCCUCCCCCUUCACCCCCAAUCUGGGGUGUAUUCCACAAAGAAUCAAUGUCUUCACCAUCAUCUUCCUCACCUCCCUCACCUUCAUCCUCUGGUGCUAGAAUAAGUCCUGCUGUUCUUUUCAUCAUAGUGAUUUUGGCUGUUCUGUUUUUCAUCUCUGGACUGCUCCACCUGCUUGUUAGGUUUCUCAUAAAGAACCCUUCUUCCUCAGCAUCUGCCCAAUCCAAUAGGGACCAGGAAAUUGCACCCUCUGAUGCUCUACAAAGGCAGUUGCAACAACUUUUUCAUCUUCAUGACUCUGGUCUGGACCAGGCUUAUAUUGAUGGACUUCCUGUUUUCCAAUACAAAGAGUUAAAGGGGUUGAAGGAGCCAUUUGAUUGUGCUGUCUGUCUCUGUGAGUUUUCUGAAAAAGAUAAGCUCAGGCUGCUCCCUAUGUGCAGUCAUGCUUUUCAUAUCAGUUGCAUAGACACUUGGCUUUUGUCAAACUCCUCAUGCCCUCUUUGUAGGGGGACCCUCCUUACUCCUGGAUUUUCCCUUGAAAAUCCAGUGUUUGAUUUUGAUGAUUUGAGGGAUGAUGGGGGUUGCCCCUGCAAUGGGGAACAUGAGUUCACAACUAGGCAGAAAACUGUUGAAAUUGAAGAAACUGUGGUAGAGAAGGGGGUUUUCCCCGUGAGACUUGGCAAAUUUAGAAGGCUUGAUGGGGAGGCAGAGGAGACUGCAGGAGGAGAGACUAGCAGCAGGUAUUUGGAUGCCAGAAGAUGUUACUCCAUGGGAUCCUAUCAAUACGUGGUUGGCAACUCAGACCUCAGGAUAACCUUGAGCAAUGACAGACAAGGUCGUGAUGCACAAUUCUUGAGAGGAACAGAAAACUUGCAGAGACUUUCAAUUGAAGGGGAUAUUGAAGCAAAGAAGAUUACAAGUGUCUGUAAAGGUGAGAGCUAUUCCAUUUCCAAAAUCUGGCAGUGGUCAAAGAAGGGAAAAUUUUCAGUUUCUUCUGAUACCCAGACGGGUAUGCCUUCUUCUCUUAACACGGAUUUGCCUUGGAUGAGGGAAACAGGAAGAACAUGA